GGCUUCUUAUUCUGCGCUUUCACAUCGAAGUAAAUACAAGCGAAUCUGUGCAUCGCUGGCGCAUUUCUGGGCGCAAAGCAGCGCACAAAGAAGUGCAGUGACAGUAGUGCUACAGUAAAGCUGCUCUCACAGCGCUGGUCACUUCACAUGCAGAGAGCGUCUGCGGUGAGUACCGUCGGGCUCUCUGCGUCCUUCACACUUUUCAUAUGCGAGGUCAGUCCGGUAUAAACAGAGCCGAAAGAGUCGAAUCAGUAUCUGUUGCUCGUUUCUUUUUGUUUUUUUGGCGGGGGGGAGGUGGACAAUCACUCGGAGUCAUCUGGAAGAUCGAAUAUCUGAUGGAAACUCAGCGCAUCCGCCUGCCAUCUCUCUGAAAGGAGGCAUCAGGAAACUGAAGAGGGGAGACAACGUGUCGUGAAUACAGAAGAGAGCAACUAUUGACACCUACAGCCCACCAGUCUGCCGUGCGCCUGGGCAAAGCUAAAAGGACACGGCUGCGAAUGAUCCGGCUUUAUAUUGGUCUAUCACUCCAACGCCGUGAGUCAUCCACAGAUGCUUAUUUACUAGCCAAGUAUCUUCACCUCGUCUUUUUUUUUUUUUUUUUUUUUUUUGCUCCAUCCCGGAGGUGAAAGCUGGCUGCCUGCCAUCGGUUCUCUUCGAAGCGCAAAGAAACCCAACAGACUGUCCAAGCCACACAAUCAGACGAGACCUGCUUGUGACUCUGACAUGCUGUAAGUUGUUGUUGUUGUUUUGUUUUUUUUAUCUGAACCGGACCAGUAUUAUGGCUUCGCUGUACCAGAGAUUCACCGGAAAGAUCAAUACCACCAAUUCCUUUCCGCACCCACCUGAGGCCAGCCACCUUCUUGGUGGACAGGUUGCAGACGAGGAAAACGCAGCGAAGACCCCUCAGCAACUCGUCGAUGGGAGACCUCACGUCCAGUACCGCAAAAAAUGCCUGCGGGAGGAUGAGGACGACCUUGUUGGCAGCGCCCCACCUCAGAGGAACUGGAAGGGAAUAGCCAUAGCCCUGCUGGUCAUCCUGAUCAUCUGCUCUCUGAUUGUCACCUCUGUUAUCCUGCUCAGCCCUGGUGAAGAUGACAGCCUGGCCCUUAAGAAGAAAGUAACCGUGGAAGAUGUUUUUGGUGCAGACCUUCACAUCCAUGACCCGGACGCUAAAUGGCUGAGCGACAAUGAGCUGCUGUAUCGUACAGUGGAAGGGGACGUUGUCCAGCUUAACAUUGACACCCUGGAGCAAAGCGUUGUCGUUCCAAACCAGCUGUUUGAUAGAUCCAGAGCUGCCAAGUACCAAGUGUCUCCAGACAUGCAACAUGUGCUGUUUGCCUUUGAAGUAAAACCGAAAUACCAACACUCCUAUGAGGCGAAGUACAUCAUUUACAGUCUCGUGACACAGGAAACGUGGCCUUUAAAUCCCCCUGAGGUGCAUGAAGCUUUCCUGCAGUUUGCCGGAUGGGGGCCCCAAGGCCAGCAGCUGGUCUUCAUAUUCGAAAACAACAUCUACUAUAGAACGACUGUAGAGAGUCGAGCGAUCCGCCUGGUGUCCACUGGGAAAGAAGGAGUUGUCUUCAAUGGCCUCGCUGACUGGCUGUAUGAGGAGGAGAUCCUGCAGACCCACAUAGCUCACUGGUGGUCUCCAGAUGGACUGCGUUUGGCCUACAUGACCAUCAAUGACACCCUGGUGCCAAAAAUGGAAGUGCCGUUUUUUACUGGAGCGCCAUAUCCCGCGAGUCUAGACUAUCACUACCCAAAGGCUGGAGAAGAAAACCCUGUAGUGCACCUGUCAGUGGUGAGCCUCCACGGUCCUCUGCACACGGUAGCGAUGAAGAAACCUGAUGACCCCCGGAUAGGGAGGGAAUAUUACAUCACCAUGGUGAAAUGGGCAACCAACACCAAACUGGCUGUCAACUGGCUGAACAGAGCCCAGAACAACUCCAUCUUGACACUGUGUGAGGCGACCACCGGAGUCUGCAUUAAGAAACAUGAGGAUGAGAGUGAGAGUUGGUUGCACCGACAGAACGAGCCGCCGCUCUUUUCCAAAGAUGGACACAAGUUCUUCUUCACCAGGGCGAUCCCUCAGGGUGGCAGAGGAAAGUUUUUCCACAUCUCUAUGUCCACAUCUCUGCCCAACACAAGCACAGACAUACUUCAGUCCCUAACCUCUGGAGACUGGGAUGUGACCAGGAUCUUGGCCUACAAUCAUGAAAGAAACCUCAUUUACUUCCUGAGCACGGAGGAUGACCCCAAACGGCGGCACUUGUACAGUGCUGACACAAUCGCUCCAUUCAACCGCUGCUGCUUGUCCUGUGAGUUCAAGUGCGGCUAUAUGGAUGUUUCAUUCAGCCACGACAUGCAGUACUUCUUGCUCAACUGUAAAGGACCAGAUAUACCGAGUGUGGCUGUCUAUAGAACUGAGGACAAAGAGAAGGUAUUUGACGUGGAGACAAAUAAAAGACUAAACAACACAUACAACAACAUGCAGAUGCCCAGAGUGGAGUACAAAACCAUUGACAUAGAAGGCUACACUCUGACGAUGCAGAUUCUGAAGCCAGCUGGAUUUGUAGAAACAGCUACCUAUCCAUUACUGCUGCUAGUGGAUGGGACCCCCGGUGGGCAGAUGGUGACGGAGCAGUUCCAGGUGGACUGGGCCACCGUCCUGGUCAGCAGCUUCAGCACAAUUGUCGUCCGCUUUGACGGCCACGGCAGCGGAUUUCAGGGCACCAACCUCCUCCACAAGGUCCGCAGGAAGCUGGGGAAACUGGAGGAGAGGGACCAGCUGGAGGCACUCAGGCUGAUAUCCGAACAGUCCUACAUCGAUAAGAAUCGAAUGGGAGUUUAUGGAAAGGCCUAUGGUGGUUAUUUAGCAACUUUGCUUUUGAGCUCAGAAGAAUUUACCCAACUUAAAUGUGGAACAGCAGUCUCCCCCAUCACAGAUUUCGAGCUUUAUGCAUCUGCAUUUUCGGAGCGAUACCUCGGCGCCAAGACAGACUCCCGAGUUUACACAAUGGCAAAUUUAGCACACAGAGCGGGUCAGCUGCUGGAGAAACAGUACUUAAUAAUUCACCCGACUGCUGAUGAAAAAGUUCACUUCCAGCACACAGCCAAAUUCAUCAACCAUUUAAUCAGCGAAAAGGCCAAUUACACUCUGCAGAUCUAUCCAGAUGAGGGACACUUCCUACACGGUGAGGGGACACAGCAGCACCUGAGCCAGUCCUUGGUCAACUUCUUCGAGGAGUGUUUCCGGCUACCAGAGAUUCUGACAGACGACCAGCAGGAAGAGAACGAGGACAACAGUUAAACUUUGAUCCUCUGAGCAGCCCCGGCCAGAUACUACAGCACAAUAUGCAACAGAUUUUUCGUUCCAUCCCAGUAAAUCCGCACCACCUGCUGUCAAAUCUGAUUUUAGCUCCAAUGAAGUGCAGCACCUGCAUGUGCAAAAAGGGCCUCUGCCUACAUCCCUUCUCCUCAUCUCGUGCUGGCUGCUGACAGGGAAACCAGUCAGAUAGAGGCUGAAUAAAUCUCAGAUGCGAACAGUCAUGUCUCUCUCUGAUUAACGGACUAGUGCUCCCUCUGGUGGACUAAUAGAGGAUCAACAAAACAUCCAUUCGGCAUUGCGUCUCCAUUACAAAACAGGCACAUUAAUCCAGUGCUUUGCGGCACCAAAUAUCCCCCACCUGCGAAGAUAAGCUCAUCAUGUUGAGAUUUAACUUUUAAAAGGCUGCCAGUUUCUCAUAACCUUGCCAACUAACUUACUGAUUAUUGUGUUCAUGAGUAUGAUUAUUGGUACUUGUUUCUCAGAAUUUCUCUGUUCAGUGUCUUACAGUUGUACCGUGUCGGAGUGGCUGUCUGGCUGCGUCAGUCUUUAGUUGCUUUACGAAACAAAGGCACAAUGUUUAACUUGUGUUGUACUCCAAAAAAAAUGUAUCUGUACAAAAAUGGUGUGAAAUUUUCCUCUUCAUAUUUCCGAACGAACCCUUUCGUUUUUCUUUUAGUCACUGUGCCUUACUGUGGGUGACGUGUUCAUGUUAGGAGCCCACAUGACACUGAAAAUGAGUAAAUAUGGAAAAGGCGUUGUGUGAAUCAAGGGGCAAUGUUAUUUAUGAGCAAAGGUUUGGCACAUUUAAAACUUAGGAAGAGCUGAAUAGAACAUAACCGUACGACUGCUGGGGAGAAGGUGUUACACUAACACAAAACCAACAAUAUUUAGUUUGCAGUUUCUUGAUAUUUGCCAUCCAAACUGGCGUACUGGUGAGUUAACUAUGCUGGUUUUUAUUAUUGUUAUUAUUAUUAUUUUGUGGUUUACUUUGACGACUUUGUGUGUUCUCUCUCCUCAUAUCACUUCUGUUGUCAGUGGUUUCUAGUCAACUGAUGUACAAAGUGUAUAAAACAUAUUCUUUGAGUCUUUAUGUUGUAUGUGCAAGUUGUAUAUAAAGCAUUUUGAAACGUA